UUAGUCAGGUGGAACUACAGAACGACAGACAGAGUUGAGGGAGGACGGUUUUGAGAAGCGUACGCAUGUGUGCCCGAGGUUUAUGCAUGGAUGUGUUAAGAGAGCAACAACAGUUCGGACAUGUCAAUUAGCCAGUAACAAAAAAAGAUAACCGAAUGUCUAAAUAUAUGUUCUCAAUACACCAGUCUUCCAGUACGUGGAGGAUAACUAGUUUAAAAACUAAGAAGCUGACGCCGUCAGCUCCGUGGUGUUUGUGGUCGGUUAACUGUCACUCUGGUCCCGAGGUUGUUUUACAACCGAACGAGCGACAAGGGGCACUCAAUAACCAGGUAACAAAAAGACACAAAAGAGCAAGAUCUUCAUGUCAGCCAGUACUGGACUGUUUUGACCAGCAGUACAGUCAGGAGCUUGGAGACCUGUGGGCAUCUGCGAGAGCAGUGCUCCUGGACCCUCGCUCUUGGCAGUAUGGGGUCAUGCUGAACCGCUUCAGCACUGUGACCGGCAUCACGCAGAUCCUACAAUCACAGGGCUUUUCCAUGUUGCUUUGUAACGGCCCCUCAACACCGUCACAUUCAAAAUACCAAGCAGGAAAAGACUCUCUGUUGUCACCUGACCACAUCUCCAAGUGCCCUCCUAAUGAGUCCCACCUCCAACCUGACGGCACCUCUCGUGCGCUCGGUCAAGACCUUCAAUCAGAGCCUUCGCUCAGUUCGUCCCGUCCUACACUACAGUGUUACAUCCAUCCAUGUCCACUGCGGUUUCCCUCUCAGGCUCACCGGCCUGGCCAGCUGAAGCAGUACUACCUCCUGAAUGCUGCCUCCCUGCUGCCAGUGCUGGCUUUGAAAGUCAGAGACGGGGAGAAGGUUUUGGAUCUUUGCUCUGCCCCUGGGGGCAAAGCCGUAGCCAUAAUGCAAUGUGCCACCCCAGCACUUCUCUGCUGCAAUGAACCAGACCCUCACAGACGAGACUGGCUGGCCAAAACCCUUGAGUCUUUCUUGUCACAGUCGCUCACCAGCAGAGUGAUUGUGUCUGCACAGGAUGGACGAUCUUUUGUGAACAGUGAGGCAGGAACAUAUGACAAGGUUUUAGUCGAUGCUCCAUGUUCUAAUGACAGGAGCUGGUUGUAUUGUGGCAGUCAGCAGGGGGAACAGAGACUGAAGGAAAGGGCCAGUCUGCCCGCACUCCAGGCUCAACUGCUUAGGUCUGCGCUGUCAGCCGUGCGUCCAGGGGGUGUUGUGGUCUAUUCAACCUGCACUCUGUCCAGCUUUGAGAACUUUGCCGUGGUUGAGACAGUGCUGAAUGACUGUCCUGAGGCUGAACCCGAAGACCUGUGGGAGGAGAUUGGCAUUCCUUUAUCAAAAUACUUUACAUUUAGGAGCGCUCACCCUGGUCAUGGACAGAUGCCUCACAAGCCUUCCCUGCAGCCACAGGAUGGCCCCUCGUCCUCUCAUCACCACAGACUCGGCAUUUUAGUCAUUCCUCAGCCGGGCAAGACCUGGGGACCCAUGUUUUUGUCUCGGAUUAGAAGAAGGAAAUAGUGUGCAACCUCCUGUGCAGAAAAGAUAUGUGGAAUCAAAUGGCUAAACACACAUUUCCUUUGUGUGACUUUUGUUACCAGUAGGUUUAAAGUACCUCCUGGAACUGGUUUGUAACUCAAUCACACAAACUGACAAACAUACUAAUUUGAUAUGGAGAUCUUGUGUUCACAGCUUUUUCUGCUGCCCCCAAAUGGCCGAAACAAUCAGUAAUUGCAGGUUUAAUUGUUUUCUUUUAGCUUUUGCAGUCCACCCUCUUUUUAUUUAUUAUGAUUUAUGAUUAUG